AUGUCAGCAGGCGGCGCGUUUGGCGGCGCGCGCGGCUUCCAGCCGCGGCCGCCAGAGAAGGGCAUCAAGGAGGAGUACCUGCAGUGCCUGAAAGACCACGGCAACGACGCAGAGGCGUGCCGUGAGCUGGCCAAGUCGUACCUGCAGUGCCGCAUGGAACGCAACCUGAUGGCCAAGCAAGACCUGAGGGACCUGGGAUUCGCAGAGGGGGAUGCGCCAGCGCCGGCGCCCGCCCCGCAGAAGCCCAAGGGCGAGAAGCGGCGGAUAGAGAGCGAGGGGUAUGUGGCGGGCAUGCGGCGGUUCGAUAAGGACCAGUGA